UGAAACAAACAGGAUAAGUAGUUUGGGUUUGAUGUAUAAGGAUAAUUGGUUAGUUUUAGUGUGAUGGAUGGGCUAGAUGGAUUUGACGGUUGAUUGAAAUGGAUGGAUGGAUAAAUUGGGUUUGAUGGAUAGAAUGAAUAAAUAAAUAAUUUAGAUUGGGUUUGAAAUAUUUGGGUUUGAUGGAUGAUUGGAAUGGAUGGAUGCAUUGGGAUAAAUAGAUGGUUAAUUUGGAUUUUAAACAUGGGGUAGAUGCAGGACUCUUAUGUUGAAAUAGAACACAAUACAGUUUUGUAUCUCGCUUCUCUUCUCAUGAGUUGGGUUAUUCAUCGCACGUGCAACAACAGGAACGGAACUACAACUGUAAAUAAUAAUAAUAAUAAUAAUAAUGUGUGUUUUAAUGUGUGUAUUUUGACGCUAUAACUACCCUGCUGCGGGGUUUCAUGGGGGAAGCAGAGUGUUAAAAGAACAGAAAGGCGGUGAUCUCGGGGUGUUCUAGUCAGAACGCAGCUCUGUGUAGUGGAUAAAAGCUGCGGAUUUUCUCUGUAGCAUGGAGUCUUUCUCUCACGAGCUCCAUAACUUCUCUCGAACGCGCCUCAGGAAACAGAGCACGCGCAUUACUACGGCAAGCGGGAAAGUCUUUGUGGAAACGCGAAGCGGCGACGGUGGUUACGUCACAAAGUGCGAGGGGGAGAGCGCCACCUGCGGGUUCGUCCAAGAUCUGAGUUUAGACCUGCAGGUGGGCGUUGUUACCCCGUACCUCCUGCUGGCGUCACAAGAUGCAGCCAGUGACACCGCGACUCUGAGAAACUACAAGGUGACUCAUGUGUUGAAUGUUGCCUGUGGAGUGGAAAACCCCUUCCCUCAGCACUUCAUCUACAAAACUGUUUCCAUGAUGGACCUGCCAGAGACACAACUCACCUCCUUCCUCCCACAGUGCUUUGAGUUCAUCGACGAAGCCAGAAAGCAGGAUGGAGUCGUGUUGCUCCACUGUAACGCAGGCGUGUCGCGCUCUGCCUCUGUGGCCAUCGCUUAUCUGAUGGCGAAGCAGAAGAUACCGUUUGAGGAAGCGUUUAACCGAGUCAGAUCUGCUCGACCGUCAAUACAACCAAACGCCGGCUUCCUUGUUCAGUUGAAGGAGUAUCGACCAUGAACAUAUCACCUACUGCUGCAGCUCAGCAUGGAGUUUGAACCUCACAUUCAACACGUAUUUAAAAAGUAAUGUUUCUGUAAAGCUGAACCUACAGGGUGAAUCUGCACUAGUUGCAUUUUUAAAUUAUGGCUCUAUAGCAUUUACAUAUAAACCCUUACCCUAAAUAUUAACCCUUAACAACUUGAAGAAAUUUAGCAGAUAAGCUGCAAUAGACUUUAUAGAGGUCACUGGGCAAAAUAAAUGUUCAACUGAGAAAAAAAAUACAAUCAAUUAAGUUAAAUGGAAUACACUAAAUUAACAAAUAACCUGUACUUCAUGCCAUUGUGUGCAUUUUUUAUAUAGAGCUGAAUGAAGAUGAAAAAUCAAUUUGUACAGAAAGUUGGAAGGAAACAGAAAGAUGCAAGCUGGAAAGACUUUCUAUGAAAGCUUCCUGCAAGAUACUGCAUAAUAAGUUGCUCUAUGUAUAGGAGACAAAUUUAUAAUAGUUAAUUCUACAGGUCUUUAUCUUUAGAUUUAGACAUUUCGCCCUUCAAUUAAAUAAACUAAUUAUCCAGGUUGAUGUUCAAAGCUUGUUCACAUCAUGUCAGGUCAGAUGUGCAAGUUUAAAAAAAAAAAAAAAGACCAAUACAUAUAGUAAUAAAUAAAACUUUAAUGUUAAAAAAACAAAACAAAAAAGACACGAUACACAACCAAUCUCUACAUCUAAUGUACAGCAAUGGGCUUUCAUAAAGCAACUAGUUUACUUAGAAUUAAGAUUAGACAUAUACAAUCAUUCAUUGUUUAAGACACAUUCUACAUAUGACAGCUUGUUUCUCUUACUCUAAAAGGAAUGUACAUGCCCAGAAACACAAUAAAUAUGAAUGAUAUUUGUGCA